ACUAAAGAGAAGCUCAAAGCAAAUGAGAUUUUGAGACUCGUCAAUUUAAUUUAACUUUUAGAAAUUCUUUCUUUGUUUUGUUAUAGCUCCUCCUGAGAAGCCAAAGCUUUGCUCUUUCGAAUUUACCCUUCUUUCUUCACUUGUAGCCCAGGUCCCCAAAUUCAGCAAACAUCCUGACUGUUCGUUAUUAUUCUUAGCGAACACAACAAUACCAAACUGUCUCUCAAAAGGACCCUUUGUAGCUUUGGCUCUUGGGUAUUCGACCGGCGCUGAGUGUUAGCUAGAGAGAGAGGUAAGCCCAAACCAAAGAUGCUGAAAAGCAAAAUCCAAAGCCUGGAAAGGAUUUCAUCGUCGUCGUCAGUUGUCUUCAAGAUUUUGAAGAGUCGUAAUAUUGCUACUACUACUGGUAGUACCAGCAGCAGUGGAGUUCCAAAAGAGAAGGUAGAUUGCGUGGUGAUAGGGGCAGGUGUGGUGGGAUUAGCAGUAGCGAGAGAGCUUACUUUAAAGGGCAGAGAGGUGUUGGUGUUAGAAUCAGCUUCCACCUUCGGCACUGGCAUAAGUUCCCGCAACAGCGAGGUCAUCCAUGCCGGCAUCUACUAUCCUCCCAAUUCUCUCAAGGCAAUCUUAUGUGUAAGAGGAAGAGAAAUGCUUUACAAAUAUUGCUCUGAACACAAUAUCCCUCAUAACCAAAUUGGUAAACUUAUAGUAGCAACAGGAUCUUCAGAGAUUCCAAAGUUGCAUAAUCUAAUGAAUAACGGGAUAAAAAAUGGGGUUGGUGGUUUGGUUAUGAUGGAAGGUUCAGAAGCUACGAGGAUGGAACCAGAAUUGCGAUGCUUGAAAGCCUUACUAUCACCAGUUUCUGGGAUUGUUGAUACACAUUCCUUGAUGCUGUCUUUGGUGGGUGAAGCUGAAAAUCAUGGGGCAACCUUCUCCUAUAAUACUACAGUUAUUGGUGGUCAUAUUGAAGAAAAUCGCCUAAGCCUUCAUAUUUCUGAAACCAAACACCUUGAAAAUUGGAAUGGAAAAUUUCCAUUGCAACCAGAGAUGGUACUCAUUCCUAAGCUUGUAGUAAACUCUGCUGGCUUGAGUGCCCCUGUCCUUGCAAAGCGAUUUGAUGGCCUUCGUAGUGCAGUUAUUCCUCCUACCUAUUAUGCUCGCGGGUGCUACUUCACGCUAUCAAAUACUACAAUAUGUCCUUUCAAACAUUUGAUUUAUCCUAUACCAGAGGAUGGUGGCCUUGGUGUGCAUGUUACUCUGGAUUUGAAUGGUCAGGUCAAGUUUGGCCCCAAUGUAGAAUGGAUUGAUGGUAUUGAUGACGUUUCAAGCUUCCUAAACAAGUUUGACUAUUCUGUAUGUACGAAUCGUGCGAAGCUAUUUUACCCAGAGAUAAGGAAGUACUACCCAAAUCUAAAAGAUGGGUCUCUCGAUCCAGGUUAUGCAGGGAUUCGACCAAAGCUUUCAGGUCCUCGACAGUCUCCAGUUGAUUUUGUGAUACAGGGCGAGGACAUUCAUGGGAUAACUGGCCUUGUUAACCUUUUUGGUAUUGAGUCACCUGGUUUAACUUCAAGCAUGGGAGUUGCAGAACACAUAGCAACCAGAUUCUUCAGAUGUUAAGGAACCCUCUUUGUGCUAUAUAUUAUGAUUUGAAAAUGGCUGAUGAAUGUUCCAGAAUGGGCUAAUCUGUUACAACUUGAUCCACUGUUAAGGUAAUGGUCUUUCGGCUUCAAAUGAACUUCUAGUUAGAUAAAAAACAAAAUUUAGAGAGGAAGGCAAAAAGCUUCAAAGUGGAACUAUAACUAGUUUUACUUUUUUUUUUUAAAUAACUUGUUGAAAAAUCAUGGAGCUGAAGAUAAUUUUGUGUCAGCCAAUGCCUUGCUACUGACCUCCUAGAUGCCAUUUGCAGUCUUAGCGCAUGAGUCUUUCAUCAGGGUACUAAAGUGAAAAUUACCUCAGCUUGCUGAUAUAUGGUAUAAUAAGCCAAUACUACGACGACAGUUGUGCUUGUGCAAUACAUGUCGUGAAAAUGAUUAAAGUUUGAAUUUUCACAGAAAAAAUAUCCUCUUCUGUGUCCCUCCCAUCUCUGCCUCUUCCUCCGAACACACUUCCAAGUCUCAUCCUGUCUCUUCUUGUCUCUCCUCCAAACACUCUGUCACACGUCUUUGUCUCAAAUUUACGAAUCCCUCACCUUAUCUGGCGACUCUUAUUACCACAAGGUGCUUCUUCCUUCCUUCCCUUUGUUUAUUUUUUUUAAUUUUCAUUUUAAGCAGUUUUUGUAUAUGUGGUUGCUUUUUUGCCUCUGCGUGUUUGUUUUAUGUAUCUCAUAUUUGGUUUUAUUCAAUUUGUGGUUUCAUUUUCAUGUUCUAACUAACCUGUUUGGGUUUCAUCUUGUGUAUAUAUGACUACAUUUCAUUGUCAUGUUUGUCUUUUUUAUAAUUUCUUCAUUUUUUGGGGGGUUGUAAGAAUACGGCCUCAUGCAUUUCAUGAUUGGUGUUCUCAUUGUCUAACUGAUCGGAUUUCUUUCUUUUUGGUUUGCCUUUUGUUUUUUGUUUUUUUCCUUCUUUUACGUGCAUGCAUGUAUCUUAUUGCGAAACCGAUUUGGUUUUGUAAAGUUGGUGGUUUGGGUUCUCAUUGUGGAACGGAUUGGUUUUCCCAAACCACCAGACAGCCCUUUUUUUCCCCUUUUGGAUUCCCAUAGUAGGUGUUAACGACUCUAUUCUGAACAAUGAGCCUCAUUCCUUUCCAGUGAUUUUCUGGCAGUGUCUGCAA